AUGCCUGCUUUGAAGCGUACCCGCACUGAAGAGCGCUCCAGCAGUCGAAGCGAUGCUCUUGUCGGGCAUACUGUCGACGAGGCCAAAGCUCUCAUACCGCGCACGCCCGAGGAGAAGACCACUGGGCAGAGGCUUGUUGUGGUCUUAGAAAAGGCCGCUUUAGAGGUUGUGCAAGUGAAGGGUAAAUACGAGUUGUUGAACAGUGAUGAUCAUAAGAAUAUUCUGGCGAAGUCGGGGAAGGACAUAUCCUCAUAUCGACCUGAUAUAACUCAUCAGUGUUUGAUGAUGUUGUUGGAUAGUCCGCUCAAUAAGGCUGGCAAACUUCUUGUAUAUGUCCACACUAUGAACAAUGUCCUUAUCGAGGUGAGCCCCGCCCUGAGGAUGCCUCGAACCUUCAAAAGGUUUUCCGGUCUUAUCGUCGAGCUCCUCAACAAGAAUAAGAUUCGGGCAGCCAACAGUAGUGAGAUCCUCAUGAAGGUAAUCGCAAAUCCUGUACAGAAGUACCUCCCAGCAGGAGGCAUCAAAUGUGGACUUUCAGUAGACGGACGUCUCCUCACCUGUAGUCCGCAGUGGUUGAAGUCACAUGAUGAGACUAAAGACUCCAAAGGCCGCUCUUUGAUCGAUACAGUUCCUGUCACUGUAGUUAUCGGCGCUGUGGCGCAUGGAGAGCCUUGCUCGGAACCCCGCUUCGGUGGUGACUAUGUAGAGGAGACAAUCGCCAUAUCCAACCACGGCCUCAGUGCUGCUAUCUGUUGCGCUAAGCUCACUUGCGCUUUAGAGGAUCGAUGGGGUAUCAUAUAGAGCACCAACGUCAAC